GCAACUUUCUUCCCCGGCGGCUCUCCCAGUCUCCCUCUUGUCUCAACCUCGUCGGAUUCCAAAGAAAUGUCGACCCCAAGUCGCCGAUCUUCAUCGACGGCGAAGACACCGUCCACCUCAGAGAACCCAAUGGCCGAAGGGAAGCCGCAAUUGGCUAAGAAGAGACCAGCCCUUGGCGACAUUUCCAACCAAAGCAAGAAAUCGGUGCCAUGUACCUCAAAAAGCCGAGCUGAGAAGUCCUUGCAUACAGCUAGAAGCAUGGCUAUCUCUCCAUCGAAAUCACCAAUUAAAGCGAGCGAAACCAAAGAAAACAACAAUCUCUACAGUCAAGGGCGCGGGCAUAAAGAAGGGAAGAUUUGCAAGAGAAAUCUACUUUUGGAGAUGGGAACAAAUGAUGAUGCUGUUGAUGUUGGUAACGAUUCCAUGGAUCCCCAGUUCUGUGCUCACAUUGCUCAUGACAUUUACAAGAACUUGCGAGCAUCUGAGACAGUAAAAAGGCCUUCUGCACAUUAUAUGGAGAUGGUCCAGAAAGAUAUUAGUGCAAGCAUGCGGGCACUUUUGAUCAAUUGGCUAGUGGAGGUGGUUGAAGAGUGCAGACUUGUACCAGAGACACUAUUUUUGACGGUGAACUAUAUUGAUCGUUAUCUUUCAGGCAAUUCCAUCAACAGACAGCAGUUACAGUUGCUUGGAGUUGCCUGCAUGAUGAUUGCUGCUAAAUACGAGGAGAUAUAUUCACCUAAGGUGGAAGACUUCUGCUAUCUUACUGGUAACUCACAUGGCAAGAAAGAGAUUUUGCAAAUGGAAUCUGCUGUGCUGAAUUAUUUAAAGUUUGAAAUGACUGUCCCAACAGCUAAAUCUUUUCUGAGGCAUUUUGUUCAUGCAGCUCAAAUGAUCAAUCAGGUUCAAUCUCUGCAGUUUGAAUGCUUGGCCAACUACAUUGCAGAAUUAUCACUUCUGGAGUACAUAAUGCUUCAUUAUGCUCCAUCUUUAAUAGCUGCGUCUGCUGUUUUCUUAGCCAAAUUUAUACUCUCUCCUUCAAGAAAACCUUGGGAUUCUAAGUUGGGGCAUUACGCACUAUACCAACCCUCUGAAUUGUACAACUGUGUGAAGGAUUUGCAUCAUCUCUGCAUUAAUGGUGAUUGUCCCAAUUUGCCAGCAAUCAAGCAGAAGUAUAGUCAGCAUAAGUACAAAUUUGUGGCAGAGAAGAGCUGCCCUUCUUCAAUACCUCAGGAGUUUUUCCGAAACUAAGUGGGCAGGAGUAUGGAGACUAUUUUCAGUCAGUUGCUUCCACUAGUCCAUUGGAUGUAAUUAAGAUAUGUAUAGGCUGACAGACGCUUGAUUUUGUUGAUGUAGUAGAUCUAGUCCUCUUUAAUUUUCACUUUUACUCUUUUAUUUAAUUGUUUUCGAAGGGGUACUUAA